UAUUACGUGCGAUCCACAUCCACUUCACAUGGGGGGGGGGGGGCACGGGCCGGCUUGCCCCCCCCCCCCUGGAUCCGCCAUGUGCUUGGAAUUGAAUCCUCGUUUCGCGGAUGUGUCCACUCCCCUCCCCGGCCUUUUCGUCGGCCCAUGUAUCAGCUGUGCAUGCAUCAAGGCCGGCGGCGCCCCGGUACGUGUAUGUGGCCGUCGAGACGGCUCCGACUAGCAUCCCUUGAGCCCUUGCAGUAAUAUUAAGACUAAGAGCCUUAGGCUUAACCAGCGCUGGAAAUGGGAAAGCUAGAAAAUGUCAUUUCACCAAGAAAUAUCUGAGAUGUGCAUGAGACACUACGAGAGAUCAUUACCAAGGAAAGGUAAGCCAGAAAAUGGACGGGAAUGGACUUUACUGGCUGCAGUUUUACAACAAACGAGAAACGGUUCAGAAGGAGAAUGGAAAGUGGUGGCCAUGGCAUCAGGCUCAAAGUGCAUAGGUGCCUCAAAGAUGAGCAAAACAGGUGACAUACUGAAUGAUAGUCAUGCAGAAGUUCUGGCAAGGAGAGGCUUCCUCAGGUAUCUCUAUCAUCAGUUGAGAUUGGCUUUGAUGGGUUGUCAUGACAACAGCAUCUUUUCAGACCCAGGAGGAGACGGGAGAUGCAGGCUGAAAGAAGGAGUGAGAUUUCAUUUCUAUACAAGCCAUACCCCAUGUGGCGAUGCAUCUAUAUUCCCAAAAGCUGACCAAGGUUGUACAGACACCAAGACAACGUCAGAGCACGAAGUUAGACAGAACCAUCAAAUCAACAGUUCAAUGAUGAAUUCAAGUAAGAGGAAGGCGGAAGAAGACGAGUCACAUGGAUCCAUUCUCCCGGUAGCACAGAAAAUAAGACCGGAUUCAAGCUGUCAUUGUGAAGCAGAUAGCAUGUUGCAUCUGGAUUAUGCAGGAGACAGAUUGGAGCCCAGCUCAAGCCCUACUGAUUCGAAAAAUAAAAACUGUAUCAAGAAAAAAGCAUGUUUCAACAAACUUGGAGAAAAAUGUGCAUGCUCACCUAGCCCUAAUGUUGAUAAUGACACUGCACAAGAGAUUUCAAGAACUGUUGAAAAGCAACGGAAUGGUCCUGAGCCUUGUAACUCUAAUGAAGAAGUGCUGUCAAAGAUCAAAGAUAUUUUGUCUAAAAGUGAUACUCCGGGAAGUCCAGGUCAUCAGGAUUCAGGCAACUUAAGGGAGUGCCCUUUCGGAGCCUCAUCCGUAGAAAGUGAAAAACCAUCUUUUGAAACUUUGAACUCUUCACAAGAAUCAACGAGUGCUGAAGAAUUACCAUCUUGCCAAUGUACCGUCCCCUCUGGACAUAAUAGUGCCUUCAAAAUAAAAAAUGCCAUAUCUGUACCUCCAAAGAAAGACAUUUACAGGACUGGUGCUAAGCCAACACCCAUCGGACCUCAGGAGAAGCGAGCAGGGGGCGAAGAAUACCACAUUAUAGGACUCCUGCGAAUCAAACCCGGUCGUGGGGACAGAACCAUGUCAAUGUCUUGCAGUGAUAAAAUGGCAAAGUGGAAUGUUGUGGGUCUUCAGGGGGCUCUGCUGUCCCAUUUCAUCUCAGAACCUGUGUAUUUAUCCUCAGUAACGAUUGGAAAGUGUCCAUAUAACAGUGAUGCCAUGCAUCGUGCCAUCAUUGGAAGAGUGCAGUCUGUGAGCCAUCUUCCACCUGGUUACCAUCAGAACUCACCUACUGUGAGGCAGUCCGACGUCAUCUUCCCAGACUCUAAGGGGGAGGUGGAGGGGAGGAGAGAUCCAAGAAAGGGCAAGAUGACACCAGCAGGAGCAGCUAUCAUUUGGAGUGAUGUACCCGACCAUCCCUUUGAGGUGACAGCCAAUGGAAAGAGACAAGGUACAACAGCUAAGAGGUGGAAUGAUCCCCAAUCAAGGAGCAAAAAUUGCAAGUAUGAACUCUUUCAUCUCUUCAAGAAGCUUUUAGCUGAUGUACGCAAGGACAAGUUGCCCCAGACACUUCAACGCCACGCAGACCUCGAGACAUACCAUGAUUUCAAGAUGGCCGCCAGUCACUACCAGGAGGCUUGGACGCAACUUUUAAAGGUUUUCAGCUCAUGGGUUACAAAGCCGGUUGAAUUAUCCCAGUUUCAAUGAGCAGGGCUCCGUUGCACAAAGAUUAGAUCUUUGUCACAAUCGGCUGUGCAUGAAAGUUCAAAAACAAAUUCAAAAUAGUGCUUUGCAAAUUUCACUUUGACAAUUUUCUCCUCAAGCACCACAUUCCCUUGUUCAUUAUAGUUGAUUGAAAUGUUUUGAGGGUGUGGUAUUGAUGUUAAGAACAGACGUUGAAAACCCAAUUCCAUGAAAUACCUUGUCACACUGCUACUUUUCAUGUUCAAAGUUCUGAAACAGGGGGGGGGUCUUGUACUUCCUUGAAAGGGAGAAAAAGAAAGGAAAAGGAGUGAAAUGUGAUAUUAUUUUCUGAAUAUUAUGGUAAAAUCUAAAAUAAAAUAAGAGUUUUAUUGUAAAAAGGUCAAAAUUUUUGCUCACUCACAAAUUUUGAGAAAUUUUGCCCCAUAUACCAGGUCUGGCCCAUCAAAUGCCUCAUUACACUACUGCAGGGAACACUCAAAUGUCACAGAGAUAGCAUAUUGUUAUAUUUCAUUGUAAUAGUUAAAGAUCAUUCUGAGUAAAUUUUUGAUGACAUUUUAUUUUUUUUGUAGUGGAGUAUAUUGAGUAGUACCCAACCCACAUCACAAUAACAUCGCCAACGCAACCAUUAUGGAGAUGACAAUAUUUUCACAGAAGUUUAAGUGUUUAACCUAUGUCCGCUCCUAUAAUGUUUAUUUAUUUUUUUUUUUUUUCAAAAAUAACUUCCAAUAUGUUUGGUUAAAGCAAAAAAAAAGAAUGCACUCUUAUAAAAACACACUUUUCCUCUCGUUAUUCUUUACUACAAUGCUUAUCAGUAUGCAAACCAGGUGACACCAACGAGUAGAAUGAAAAUUUGACAAGCAAAAAAAAAGGGUUUCAAACAAAUCUGAGGGGGGGGGUUGAAUCCCUGUAACCCCCCUGCAGGUAAAUUGCCAAUUUGUCCACCCACCACAUGGUCUACCUUCAUUUAGUCUAAUGCCAUUCUGUCCAUCAACAUUUCGUUUAACAACCAUUUGGUCCAAUUAUCACUUCGUCUAAUCACCAGUUCGUCUAUUUCGUCAAAUAAUCAGUUGGUCUAAUACCCAUUUUCUUUUCCUUCAUUUUUAACAAUUAACACUUCAGUUUCAUUAGGCAAAAUGGUAUAUGGACUAAAUGGCUAUUGGACCAACUGGUUAUUAGACGGAAUGGCAUUAGACUAAAUGAAAGUAGACCAUGUGGUGAGUGGACGAACUAAUGGAAGACCAAAUGAUAGUAGACGAGUUGGCAAUUGGAUGCAAUGGCAUUAGACGUAUUUUUACCCUUUCUUUCCUCUUCCACCUCCUUUUCAUCUUAUUCUGAUUCUUACUCUUCAUGUACUUCAUCAUCUUCCCUUUUCUCUUCCAUAUCAUAAAUCUCAUCCCAAUA